AUGCGUAUGGAGAAGUGUUAUUUCUUUUCAGCAUCAAUCUAUCCUGGCCACAACAUGAUGUUUGUCCACAACGAUUGUAAGAAGUUCAGAUUCUAUAAAUCCAAAUGUCAUAAAAACUUUAAAAAGAAGCAUAAUACUCACAAGGUCAGGUGUACUAAAGCAUUCCAGAAGGCAGCUGGUAAAGAGCUUACAAUGGAUAAUUCAUGUGAGUUUGAAAAACGUAGAAAUGAACCUGUCAAGUACCAGCAAGAGGUAAGGAAUAAAACUAUUGGUGCGAUGAAGAGAGUUGAAGAAAUUAAACAGAAAUCCCAAGCUAAAUUUAUAAUGAACAGGUUAAAGAAAAAUAAAGAACUAUGGAAAGUUCAGGACAUCAAAGAAGUCAAGGAAAACAUCCAUCUUAUCUGGGCUCCUCUUGCAGGCAAAGGAAAGCAGCUAGAAGAAAAAAUGGUAUUGCAAUUACAACAGGAUGUGGACAUGGAAGAUAUUUCUUAA